AUGGAGCUAUCGCUGCAGAAAUUGGAGAAAGAUUUGAGAGAAACACGCCGUGAAAGGGACACAGCUUUUCAAGAAUUGACUCGUCUGAAGCAGCAUUUGUUAGAAAAGGUUGCAGGUCCCUUAACAUUUUAUGGAAUUUCUGGUGAAAAUUUUGCCUUAUACAUCUUCAAGUUGCUUAUGUAUUAUGGCCUUUCCCAAAGGGAUUCUGAAGAAUCAGUAAAAAUGGAUGAAGAUAGAAAAAUAAUAGAGCAACUUCGUGAAAGCAAUGAAUAUCAAAGAGCUCAUAUUGCACAUUUGGAGGAACUUAAGCUGAUGAACACCAAUGAAAUUCAGAAGUCAAAGGAAAUUAUUGAUAAAAAGAAUAAGCAACUUGAUGGCUGUGCCAGAGCCAUACUUACAAAAAAUGCUGAGAUACUGAAUCUUGAAACUGCCCUUGGCCAGUACUAUGCUGAAAUUGAAGCUAAGGAACAUUUGGAGCGAGAUUUGGGUCUGGCAACACAAGAGUCAGCUAGACUUACAGGUCUUCUGAAAGAUGCAGAUGAACGUGCAGAAUUGUCAAACAAGGAAAAGGAAGAAAUUCUAGCAAAGCUUUCGCAAACCGAAAGAAUGGUUGCAGAAGGGCAAACCAGAGUUAAAAAGCUUGAGGAAGAUAAUGGAAAACUAAGGCGUGCUCUCGAGCAGAGCGGGACAAGGCUUAACACAAUGUCUGUGGACUCUGAUCAUCUUGUUGACAGGUUACACUUUCUACAUGCGUAUUGUGAUCAAACUACUCGUGACCUUCUUCCAGAGAAACCACAGCAAAGAGGUAUAAUGGUUCAAGUUUUGGAUCUUAUGGUUCGGAUGCUUGGGUUCUCGGAUGAAGACAAGCAGAGGAUAGGUGUUGCUCAACAUGAUGCUGGAAAAGGUGUUGUUCGGGGUGUUUUGAGUCUACCUGGUCGUUUGGUUGGUGGCAUUUUUGGUGCAAGUUCGGCUGAUGUACAUGCAAAUAUAGGCCCCGAUAACCAGAUCAGUGGGUUGAUUUUCUGCUCAAGGAAAGCGAAGAAAGAGAAAAGAGGGAAUCAGCAGAAGAUGCUAGUAGAUCCAGCUUAA